CACAUCUAUCCUAUUUCAACACCCUCACUUCGUUAUAGUCUCUCUUGCCCGAGCAGAAAAAAAAAUGCAUUUUCCUCACAAAGGUUUGACAAUAAUGCUUCUACUGUGUGUGCUCAUGGCUUCUAUAAUGACUGCCAGUGCCGGCAACUUUCUCCAAGACGUCGACGUUACUUGGGGAGGUCCACGUGCCAAGAUACUAGACGGAGGCCGGCAUCUCUCCCUCUCUCUUGACAAAGACUCAGGAUCAGGUUUCCAAUCUAAGCAAGAGUUUCUAUUUGGAAGGUUCGAUGUGCAAAUGAAGCUCGUCCCAGGAAACUCUGCUGGCACUGUCACCACUUUUUAUUUGUCUUCUCAAGGAGGUUCACACGAUGAGAUUGACUUUGAAUUUUUAGGCAACUCGUCUGGAGAUCCAUACACACUUCAUACCAACGUUUACUCACAAGGAAAAGGAAAUAGGGAACAACAAUUUCACCUCUGGUUUGAUCCCACCAAGGGAUUUCACACCUAUUCUAUCGAUUGGUCUCCAGAAAGUAUCAAGUUUUUAGUGGACAAUAUUCCUAUAAGGGUAUUCCAUAACUGGGAAAAUAUUGGAGUGUCUUACCCGAAGAGCCAACCCAUGAGAGUUUAUUCAAGUUUGUGGAAUGCAGACGAUUGGGCAACUAGAGGGGGAUUGGUGAAGACUGAUUGGACACAAGCCCCUUUCACAGCGUCAUACAGAAACUUUAAUGCCAAUGGGUGUGUUGCAUCAUCUGGAUCAUCAUCAUGUGGCUCUAAGUUUUCGAGUACUCUGCAAGGUGGAGCACAAAGUGGAUUAGAUGCCAAUAGUAGAAAUAGAUUGAGAUGGGUACAGUCCAAGUUCAUGAUUUACAAUUACUGCACUGACCAUAAAAGAUUUCCUCAAGGCAUUCCAGCUGAAUGCAAGCGCCCAAGGUUCUAGUGAGAAAGCUAGCUUACACACCAAGCUCCAAAUCUAAAGUCAUACUGUAUACAAUUCAAGCGAUUGAACUGCCCCUGUAUCUCCUAUAAUUGUUUGGUUUCAUGCAAUUAUUUUUAUUCUUUUUUGCAUAUAAAUUUGUUGUCAUUAUUUAUCUUAUUUUACCUCUCUCACCAUACUUGUCAUUCUAAAUAGAUAAUUUUUUUUCUUUUUGUAAAUUUGUAAGAAUCUACUUCAUUCUUUAAAUACAGUUUAGUGUUUUUUCUAAUAA